AUGUCGAAAACACUCACCUUCGUUACUGGUAACAGUAACAAAUUAAAGGAAUUCCAGGCCAUCCUUGGUGGCGAUGACGGCAAAGUUGGUGACUGGAAGCUCACCAAUCAGUCCGUUGAUCUUGAUGAGUUGCAGGGCACCAUCGAGGAAGUUACCAUCCACAAGGCAAAGCAAGCCGCCGAAAGAAUCAAGGGUCCCGUUGUUAUUGAAGACACCUGUCUCGGGUUCAAUGCCAUGAAUAAUCUUCCUGGACCUUACAUUAAGUGGUUUGUCAAGCUGAUCGGUCUUGCCGGGUUGGUCGACAUGUUAUAUAAAUUUGAUGACAAAAGCGCUAAUGCCAUCACGACGGUGGGUUUCUGUGAAGGUCCCGGUCAUGAAGUGAAAUUAUUUCAGGGUGUCACCACAGGUGUGAUUGUUGACUCGAGAGGUCCUACUGAUUUUGGGUGGGACUCUAUCUUCCAGCCCGACGGAUUUGAAGAGACCUACGCUCAGAUGAGAAAAACCUCUAAGAACAAAAUCUCGCAACGGUCUAAGGCUUUGGCUAAGCUUCGGGAGUUCCUCGAAUCUAACUAA